AGGGCUUGAGGCUGUGGGCUGUAAUUGGCUUAAGCCAAGAGGUGGCUCAUCCCGGCUGCUCUGUGAGCUGGAGGAGCUCUGCAGCUUGGUGGCUUGCUGCUGUAUUGGGAAAAAGAGCUGAUGCUGCCAGUAUCCAGACUUAGAUAUUGGGGCAGGAAAUGGAGAGAGGACCAAAAAAACCCCACUAAAACCCUAAAACUUAAAAAGAUGAAAUAAGGAGGGCUCUUGAGUCUGACCUGAGCCACAGCUGUUGGCUGUAAGGCUGGAGGGAAGGUGAAGAUGCACCACCAGUGUGCGAUCAGCCCCUGAGGGCAUCUUCACACACAGCCCAGCUUUAGGUGCUGCUCUGAAAGCACCUCCACUUCUGCUGGGUGGGAAGCUAGACUUGUCUUACAAAAAUUGUCUGGAGGACUACUCUUUGUCUCACUUUUAUGCCUGUGGCUUUACAAGGCAAGGCUUAAAUUACUUUGUCUGUAUUUAAUGUUUUUUAUCUGGUCAUCCUCAGUAGUAUCUGGGCUUCCAGGAGAGCUCUUUGCUUAGUUGAGCUUGGUCACUUCAUCCCACUGCAUGUGACCCUGUGUUGCUCCUACAGGGGAGGGUCUCUGGUGUGGGAAGCCCAUCUGGGCGGUGUGAUGGGGUGAAAGAGUAAGCUUGGAUAUGGCUACUUGUCCCUAAAUCAGACCUUAAGUUGAUCUUUCUGGAGGCAAGAGGCCUUGCCAGGCUUGAGCUGUGUCUCCAAGUAAACCUGGAAGUGCUGGGAUCAGAACCAGAGGGAGGUGGUGUUACUGUAACCAUGGGAAGUGGCAUCUGGCUUCCUCGUGGGAUUCCAGCAGCGGCUGUAAUUUUUUUUGCCUGGUGUUAAGUAGUAGUUUGUGCUUGCAUUUAGUUUAGUGGCUCAGCUGCAGAGUGUGAGGAUCCUACUGAGCUCUCCUUAGGGCAGGAGACCUCCAGCAUCCUGCUUCAUGGGCACGCUAAGGCUUUCAGCUGACACUCCUCUCAAACCUGCCAAGAUGCCAACUGUGAACAAGAGUGAUGAGCGGAUGAAGAAGUUCAAGAACAAGGGCAAGGAUGCAGCUGCCCUGCGAAGGCGGAGAGUGGAGGUGAAUGUCGAGCUGCGAAAGGCCAAGAAGGAUGAGCAGAUCCUGAAGCGCAGGAGCAUUUCAUUCCGUUUGUUGGAUGAGAAUCUCAAUGAGGAAAGAGAGAAAAGAAAUGAGAUUAUUCAGCUGUCCUUGGAGGAAAUCGUUGAAGCUGUGAAUGGGAACAACGCCGAGCUGCAGCUGCAGGCCACGCAGGCCACCAGGAGGAUGCUGUCCAGGCAGAAGGACCCCCUUAUCAAUGAGAUCAUCGAGCUGGGGAUCAUUCCCAGGCUGGUUGAAUUUCUGAUCCAUGCUGACAAUCCUCCUCUGCAGUUUGAGGCAGCCUGGGCACUGACUAACAUCGCCUCUGGCACCUCUGACCAAACCAGGGCUGUUGUGGAGGGAAAUGCCAUCCCAGCCUUCAUCUCUCUGCUCUCCUCCCCACACAUGCACAUCAGUGAGCAGUCUGUGUGGGCACUAGGCAACAUUGCAGGUGAUGGUCCUCUAUACAGAGAUGCUCUUAUCAAAUGCAAUGUGAUUCCUCCCUUGCUGGCUCUGGUGUCACCUGCAACUCCAGUUGGCUUCCUGAGGAACAUCACAUGGACACUGUCAAACCUCUGUAGGAACAAGAACCCUUACCCUCCCCUGGAUGCAGUGAAGAAGAUGCUGCCAGUGCUCAUCCGCCUGAUAAAACAUGAGGACAAGGACAUAAUUUCUGACUCCUGCUGGGCUGUUUCUUAUCUGACCGAUGGCUCCAAUGAUCGCAUCCAAAUUGUGGUGGACACAGGGAUUCUACCAAGGCUGGUAGAACUCAUGGCCAGCCCAGAAUUGCUUGUUAUGACUCCAGCUCUCCGUGCCAUUGGGAAUGUGGUCACAGGGACUGAUGAGCAGACCCAGGCUGCUAUUGAUGCUGGUGUCUUGGCUGUCCUGCCCAGUCUCCUGCGACAUGGAAAACCAACUAUAGAGAAGGAAGCAGCGUGGGCACUCAGUAACAUUGCAGCAGGACCUUCCCAGCAGAUCCAGCAACUCAUCAUGUGUGGGUUAUUGCCACCUCUGGUGGAGUUGCUUGAUAAGGGGGACUUCAAAGCUCAGAAAGAAGCUGUGUGGGCAGUGGCCAACUUCACAAUGGGAGGCACUGUGGAGCAAGUGGUGGAGCUUGUCCGAUCUGGGGUCCUCAAACCUCUGCUCAACCUGCUCUUGGCCAAAGACAGCAAAACCAUCCUGGUCAUCCUGGACACAAUCUCAAAUCUCUUCCGGGCAGCUGAGAAGCUGGGAGAAACAGAAAGGUUGUGUUUGCUAGUGGAAGAGCUUGAUGGUCUGGAGAAAAUUGAAGCCUUGCAAACCCACGACAACAACAUGGUCUACAAAGCUGCGCUGAAUAUCAUAGAGAAAUACUUUUCUGGUGAGGAAGAAACGGGUCUGCAGCCUGGGACUAGUGAAGAUGGGCUGUAUGAGUUCUCAGUAGAGAAGGAAGACUUUAACUUCUGAAGAUGAAGCACUACACAGCUCUGAGCUGGUGGGUGAAGGUCUCUUGGUGUAGGGCUCAGACAUCCAAACCAAAAGGAGCAAAGAUGCUGAGUCUUUUUACUUCUGGAAUUUGUCAAUAAAUUGCA